ACAAAAAUCGCCCCGCCCCCCCCGCGUCUCAGCUGUUUUCGGGCACGCCCUCAUCACGACUGUCAGCUCCAUUUUGUGGACAGCGCCCUUCGCGGUUGGACGGGUGGUUUGCGGGUCGCUUUGCGAGCCUCGUUUCCUGGCGUGCGGUCUUUGGAGCACAGUAAGAUGAGACAUUCGAAGAGAGCCUACUGCACGGACUGGGACGACAAGGGCUGGGACUAUGGGAGGUGGCGGAGCAGCAGCAGCCACAAGAGAAAGAGGAGGUCGCACAGCAGCGUGCGGGAGAUCAAGCGCUGCAGGUUCGAUUCCUCGAAAGCUUCGGACAGCUAUUAUUUGGAAAACAGAUCUAUAAAUGAGAAGGAUUAUCAUAGUCGACGUUACAUUGAUGAAUACAGAAAUGACUACUGUGAAGGAUGGGAUUCUGGACCUCGCCAUCGAGACCAUGAAAGCAGAUAUCAGAACCAUAGUAGCAAGUCCUCUGGUAGAAGUGGAGGAAGUAGUUAUAAAAGUAAACACAGGACUCACCACAGUACUUCUCAUCAUCGAUCGCACGCGAAGAGCCACCGAAGGAAAAGACCCAGGAGUGUAGAGGAUGAUGAGGAGGGUCACCUGAUCUGUCAGAGUGGAGACGUUCUAAGAGCAAGAUAUGAAAUUGUUGCUACUUUAGGUGAAGGAGCUUUUGGGAAAGUGGUGGAGUGCAUUGAUCAUAGAGCGGGAGGCAGACAUGUAGCAGUAAAAAUAGUUAAAAAUGUGGAUAGAUACUGUGAGGCUGCUCGCUCAGAAAUUCAGGUUCUGGAACACUUGAACACAACGGACCCCAGCAGUGCUUUCCGCUGUGUGCAGAUGCUGGAGUGGUUUGAGCAUCACGGUCAUGUUUGCAUCGUGUUUGAACUGCUGGGGCUUAGUACUUAUGACUUCAUUAAGGAAAAUGGGUUUCUGCCCUUCUGCCUGGAUCACAUCAGGAAGAUGGCAUAUCAGAUAUGCAAAUCUGUGAACUUUUUGCACAGUAAUAAGUUGACUCAUACAGACUUAAAGCCUGAAAACAUCUUAUUUGUGCAGUCCGAUUACACAGAAGCAUAUAAUCCCAAAAUGAAGCGUGAUGAACGCACCCUAAUAAAUCCAGACAUUAAAGUUGUGGACUUUGGAAGCGCAACCUACGAUGACGAGCAUCACAGCACGCUGGUGUCCACAAGGCAUUACCGCGCGCCCGAAGUUAUUCUAGCCUUAGGGUGGUCGCAGCCAUGUGAUGUGUGGAGCAUAGGAUGCAUCCUGAUCGAGUACUACCUUGGGUUUACCGUGUUUCCGACACAUGAUAGUAAGGAGCACUUAGCAAUGAUGGAAAGAAUUCUUGGACCUCUACCGAAACAUAUGAUACAGAAAACCAGGAAACGUAAAUAUUUCCAUCAUGAUCGCCUGGACUGGGACGAGCACAGUUCUGCUGGUAGAUAUGUCUCCCGCCGCUGCAAACCCCUAAAGGAAUUCAUGCUUUCUCAGGACGUGGAACAUGAGCUUCUCUUUGACCUCAUUCAGAAGAUGUUGGAGUACGAUCCAGCGAAAAGGAUUACUCUCAAAGAAGCCUUGAAGCAUCCUUUCUUUUACCCACUUAAAAAAAAUGCCUAACUCUUUUAACUGGGUAGUUCUCUUGCAGAGAUAUGACAGACUGUAUCAGUCUAGUUUUAAUACUAAGUUAUUAUACAGCUUUGUAAAUUGUACAUUUUUGUAUUGGCUGUUUUAUGUUUGGAUAAUUAAAUGUCUAGCUAAGUAGGGAUUAUCUUUCAGCAAUUAUAGAAGUUUAUUCAGAAUAAACUUUGUGCUUAAUAAAAUUUAUGGAUUUGUACAGUA